AUGCUUAGAAUACGAAAAAAGCCUAUUUUAAUCACUUUGCUACUACUAGCGGUGAUAGCUUUCACGAGAUUUGAACGCCCUGGAGCACUACAGAAUGUGGAACACAUAGAAGUCACGAAACGCAGAAGCCGUUACACGAACCCAGUGUAUUCCACAUGGAAACCUAAGGAGCAGCAGAGCAUUGAGGCCAAUUGCGCUUCGUACUUUGGCUAUUUUGAUAGAAUUGGCAGACCUUCGCUAGAAGAGCAAGCGGCUUUUCAGCACGAUGGGCUUCUUUUCAAGAAGACUAAAUGGCUUCGAGAAGAAGGUAAGCUAUAUAGGAAGGAGGCCCGUCGAAACCACCAACCGUUUGAUAAGCACUAUGAAUUGAAGCUUUUGGAAAAGUUUUUCGAAAAAUCAGCAGCACAUAGCAGACUUGAAGAAGGGUUUGUGGCAGAUAUGGCCCAUAUGAGAGCAUUUGGAAAGUGUUUCUUGGAGGAUAAGCACUAUGCUUCGAGAGAAACAAGACUUUGUGACCAAGUUUCGCCAUUUCUUUUUCCUUUCCUACUGGGGUCGCUUCCAAGAAUUGAUCACAACGGGAAAGAGCCACAUCCAGGGUCUGCAAACUCAGAAGAUAGAGCGUGUUUCAUCAAACAGCUUUUGCGUAAGGGACAUGGCGAUGGUAUUGUGAUUCCUAUCCUUCCCUCUCCUUCAAGAAGUCAGCAAAUUGUGAGAGCUAUUAGGCUCAUCAAGGUCCUUCGAGCCACUAAUAAUACCUUGCCAAUUGAGAUCACCUUCAUGGACAAUAAAGAUGUCAGGAAGGACCUCAAAUUGGAUAUAAACCUGGCAGCUAGAAGAGCAGAUAUGAAACUUCCUGAAUCGUUUCAACAGUUUUUGGCACUGAAUAAUGGCGAUAGUCUUACUCUUGCAGAGCAAAACGUCAGGUUCGUCUAUUUACAACGUUCGAUCGACAGUCGCUUUUACAAGAGCUCCGACCCCUUGAUGAUGUCUCUUGCCCCGCUCUUUUCCUCGUUUGAAAGAGCCAUUGUGUUAUCUACACAAACGAUACCGCUUUUUCAAGAUCUUUCCCAUGUUCUUCAAGACUCUGAUGUGGAACAAUUCGGCGUCAAAUUCUUCAAGUCCAGGGCAAUCUACGAACAGAAGUUGACUAAAUAUCCACCAGGCUAUUUUGAAACUAAUGAGCUAGUCAAUGGAAUGGCUGAUGUCAACAACAAUGACACUGAAUUUUUUGGUUUACGCCGUGCUAGAAAUGUGUACUCGAAGAGAGUGAGACAUGAAAGCUAUACUAAACUCCUAGAUACUUCAAUGUUUGUAAUUGACAAACUGAAGGCACUUCCAGGUCUACUCAUAUCCGCCGCGCUUCACUACUACCCGGUUAUCAACUCGAAGUAUGAUUUCCUGGCAGGUAAUUUCGAAGCUUUGUGGUUAGGACAAGAACUCGCAGGCACACUCGAAUACGUUCCCUUUAACUCCCAUUUUGCUGUUAGUCCAGGUAUUCUUACGCCUCCAGAGAAUGUUGAAGUGGGCAUACCCAGCAAAGAGUUGUGUUCGAGUUCUUGGGCUCAGCUUUCUGAUAAGGACGACAUUAAUCUCUUGUAUGUUACAACGCAUCAGAUUGAAAAUAGGGUACUUCCUGAGUUCGACAACGCUCUUAAACGAAAGUUCCUGAUAAAGACAAACCCAUCAGAUCCUACAGAUUCUACCGUUGACGAUUCUAUACAUACGAACAAGCUCAAGAAGAACCCACUCAGGCUCGAGAGCUAUCUUAGGCCUGUUGCGGUAGACGAGAGACAAUUCAACAGGGAUGGAUUUGUUGAACUCCCAUGGAACAGGAAAGGUCUGUUUGGCUCCCUGGAUGAUUAUUGGUGUGCCUACGAUAUUGUGGGUAGUACGGAGCUGCCGUUGAGAGGAUUGGUGAUAGACAUAAACGAAGAUCAACAGGUGUGGUACAACUCCUUGAUAGAGAUCUGGCUUCUGUCUUCACAUCAGCAAUCAUCGAGCAUGGGCUCUUAUGAAUAG